AUGGGUGCAAAACAGGCAAAACUUAAAGCAGAAACAAUUGACGAGCUAACUCGAUCAACGCCUUUCAACGAACAGGAGAUUCAAUCGUGGUAUCGAGGAUUUUUAAAAGACUGUCCCAAUGGGCAACUAACCGUGGAAGAUUUUCAGCGCUUAUACUGUGCGCUCUUUAGCUCCUCAACUUUAAACGGGGAUCGCCACGGUGACCCGAGGCCGUUUGCGCGCCUUGUCUUUCGUGCCUUCGAUCAAAACGGGGACGGGGUGGUCGAGUUUCGUGAUAUCAUCACUACUCUGAGUGUUACAAGAUACCCUAAUGACGAGGAGCAACGGCUACGGUGGGCAUUUCAUAUCUACGACCUCGACGGAGAUGGCUACAUCAGUCGUGGAGAGAUGCUGCAGGUUGUCAAGGCUAUCUACAAGAUGAUCGGCCCUGCAACUGUGGCGCGCGAGAUGCCAGCGGAGGAGGCGACUCCGGAACAGCGGACACGUCGACUUUUUGCGGUGAUGGAUAAGGACGGUGACGAACGAAUCUCUUUUGCCGAUUUUGUUGAAGGUGUACGUGCUGAUGCUGAAGUACUGGCGCUGCUGGGAGCACCAUGUGCCUUCGUCGUGGCUCCCUCCCCCUCCUCAACGACUCCUGAACUCCAGCCCACGUCAUUACUGCCAAUAGAAACCAAUCAAAAUGGUGAGAUUGUUGAAUCGCUAUCAUUGAUGUUGUCACAGGAAGUUGUCGGUAGUAUCCCUCUCCUUUGGCUCGGAAUCGUUGUUUUUAUUGAGAUACGCAUUCCGUCAGCCUAUCACGAACAAACAACGGUGAACUGUUUCCUCCGACUCUAA